ACUCCCCCCAUCCUGAAGAGUAAAGACUCUACGAGUUUCUUUCUAUUGUAGCAAGUAGCAAGCAAAGCAUCGCAGCACGCAGUUUGUAAUGGCAACCACACUCGCGUUUUUCCGCCCCACCCUGGUCCGGGCCUCCGCGGCUUCUCCAUCCAAACCCGACCCCAACAGCAGGAAGCCCGUUUCCUCCAACUGGUGGGCUCCUUUGUUCGGAUGGCCCGCAGAUCCGGACUACAUCGGCUCCGGCCCACCGCGGAAGCCGACCGGUAAACCGGAUCCGGAAGUGGGCCGGCCCAGAUCGAGGUUCGGAGCGGGGUGCUUCACGGAGGAGAAGGCAAAGGAGCUGCGGAAGAAGACCACGGAAACGUCGACGUUUCACGACAUCAUGUACCACUCCGCAAUUGCGUCCAGACUCGCUUCCCAAGGGUACGAUAAAUAGCAACUCUCUUUCCAAUCCGUCGACUUUUCUACCCUCAAUCGCUCAUCGUUCAAUUUCUUUUUAAUUUCUUCAACUAUCAACCUUAAGCUGAUGAAUGAUUUGGGACACUCUCUCUUCAUAUGUGCUAGUCGUCUGGAUCUGUAUUUUAUUUACCUUUCUUCUCCUUUAAUUUUCCACUUUUUCGAUCUCUA